AUGUCCAAACCUCUGAGUGGUGCUCAGAAGCGGAAGAAGAAGCAGGAGUUGGAGGAAAAAAUAUGUAGAAUUCCAAAAAUAACUGGUUUUCUUUUACCUACAAGUGGAUCUUCUGCACAGCCUUCUGCGUGUGGAUCUUCUAAAGAACAUGCUAGUACAUGUUCUCAGGAAGAGAUUCCUCCUCAAAGUGUAUCAGAAUAUGGCUCUGAAGUCAACACAGUGGAUUCCUCUGAUCAGCCCAUGUCACUAGAAACCACUCCAGUUCCUAUGGAAGUUGAGAAACCUAGCUUCCAUACUGUUGAAAUACAAGACGCAACUGCUGAAGCAGUUGAUAUACCGCCAAAAUCCAUGGAAAAGUCAGGUUUCCUAACUGACAUUGGUUUGUGGCCCAACUCAUCUACUCUUGAGAUGCGGGAGUAUUGGUCCAAAAAUGGAAAUUCGCCAGUAAGGAAACCUCUGGAAAAACUGCGCAAUGAAGGAUUUCCAAAAUCAUUUAAAGAUGGACGUUGCUGUACAGCAGAUAUGUUUCUUCGUAACUGUCCCAAUGGGGACAAAGUUGAAAGGAAGUGGCUUUGCUACUCAAAUAACAGAGGCCGAAUAUACUGUUUUGACUGCAAAUUAUUUAGUUCAUCAACAAAUGCAUUUUCCAGUGAUGGCUUCAGCGACUGGAAACAUGCCAGUGAACGAAUUUCAUCCCAUGAACAGUCUCAACAUCAUAUACGCGCUGUGAUUGAUACAGCCAAAUUUUCAAAACUGGAAGGUCGGAUUGACUAUAAAAUGCAACAGCAAAUUGAAGAGCUGACCACCUAUGGGCAAAACCUAGUAAAACGUUUGCUUAGUGUCAUCGUUUUUCUUGCUGAGAGAGGAUUGGCUUUUAGAGGUGAUGAUCAGACUAUUGGAUCCCCACAUAAUGGCAACUAUCUCGGUAUUUUGGAAUUACUGUCAGAGUAUGACGCUUUCCUAGCACAACACAUCCAAACAAAGGCAAACAAAGGCAAAGGAUGUACAAGUUAUUUAUCAGCAAAUGUCUGUGAGGAACUCAUACAAAUUACUGGGGAUAAGAUCUUAGAAGUUGUCAUCAGCCGUAUUAAAAUGGCAAAAUACUACUCUGUUUCUGUGGAUUCAGCAGAGGAUUCUUCUCAUACUGACCAACUCACCGUGAUUAUUCGAUACUUAGAAGAAAAUCGACCUGUGGAGCGUUUUGUUACUUUUUUACCCUCAACAGGGCAUAAAGGAGAAGAAAUGGCAGAUGCGCUCCUAGCAUUUCUUAACCCCUUAAGGACAGAUGACGGAAAUAUUCCGUCAUGAUUCCCUUUUAUUCCAGAAGUCGUGUCCUUAAGGGGUUAAUAGCGUUGGACUUACCAUACAAGAAUGCCGGGGACAAAGUUACGACAAUGCAAGCAACAUGUCUGGCCACUACAAGGGUAUGCAAGCAAGAAUUCUUAACAUGAAUAAAUAUGCUAAGUACAUACCUUGUUUUGGACACUCAUUAAAUCUUGUUGGAAAGGAUGCUGCAAAUUCGUGUAGUGAGGCUGUAAGAUUUUUUAAUUUUGUACAAGCUCUUUAUACAUUCUUUAGUGGUUCAACUCGGCGCUACAAGAAGCUUAAAGACCAGCUUGAUAUGAGAGGCCUCUCUGUGUCCAUGCCAAAAAAGCUAAGUGACACACGCUGGUCAUGUCGUGCAGAUGCUUGUCAAGCAUUAGUCCAUGGCUAUGACAAUAUAAUGGACAUUUUGUUUGAAUUUGCAACUGACAUUGAAGAAAAAUCCGAGUGCCGUAAUACUGCAAAGGGACUAUUUUAUCAAAUAAGCAAACUUGAGACAGGGAUUUUUGCAGAAUUCUGGAACACUGUUUUGCAGCGUUUCAACAGCAGCAGCAAAACUCUGCAGUCUGUUCAGCUGAACCUAAAUGCUGCUGUUGGUGUUUUGAAAUCGUUAAAAGAUUUUAUUAAUGAACAGCGUACUAAAUUUGAUGCAUUUGAAGAAGCUGGCAAGCGUCUAACAGAUACUGAGGAGUAUAUUGUGGAACACCGCCGUCUUCAACGUCGGAAUGUCCGUCAGCAGCCACUUGACUAUGGACACAGUGAAGAAGCUCAAUUAACGCCAAAGGAGGCCUUUUAUGCUAAGGCCUUUCUCCCCUGUGUUGACAAACCUUUAAUGUGUCUGGAACAUCGCCUAGGAGCCUACAGUGAAGUGUGUGAUUUAUUUGGUUUCCUUAUAAACUUUCCAGCGAUGGACUCUGAAUCCAUUAACAUUGCAGCAGAAAAGUUGUCUGCUUUCUACAAGCAUGAUCUGGGCACAACAUUUGGUGAUGAACUAAUUCAAUUUCAGUCAUUCAUUUCUCUUUUCCUGGAUGAAAAACCAGACGAUUGCAGCAUAGAGCAAUUCAUGUACAAUACAAUUAAUGACAAGGAUGUAAGAGAUACUUUUCCGAACACGGAAAUUGCUUUAAAAAUCUACCUAACUUUAAUGAUCUCUAACAGUUCAGGUGAACGAUCUUUUUCAAAAAUGAAAUUGAUCAAAAACUUACAACGCACAACCAUGAGCCAGAGCCGUCUCACCAAACUAUCUAUAAUGUCUGCUGAAUCUGAUAUACUUCGCGGUCUUGAUUUUUCCAACAUUACAAAGACCUUUGCUGCUCAGAAAGCAC